CCCCCGAUGUCAUAGCCCGCUCGGCGCCGUGCGUGCCUGGCUUCCUUGCCCACAAACGUCUGGCUCCUGCCUCCUGCACCUGCCCAGCAGGGCUCUGCCUUCUCCUACUUCACAUCCCUCCUCGUGUCACUGCUAUGGAAGCCAAAGGUAAAAAGAGAUUCACGGGGAAAAAUGGAAAAGCACCACAAAGAAAACAUAAAUUUAAAAAAGACAAUGAGUCUGGUCCACCAAAGAAGUUUCACAGCAAAGGAGGUGAAGAAGGAAAGCCUAAGUUCAGACCCAAGAAGUCUGAGAAAGGAAACAAAAAACUUGGUAAGGCAAGUGUGAAACAAUUCAAGAGUAAGCAGCAGCCAGAAAAGUUCACUAGGAAGAGAAAACUCCAGGAGGAUAAUGAGGGGGGGUCAGCACCUAAGAAGCCUAAAUGGAAUGAUUUUAAAAAGAAAAAGAAGGAAUUAAAGCAGAGCAGACAAUUAAAUGACAAAACAAAUUAUGAUGUAAUCAUCAAAUCAAAACAGAUAUGGGAAAGUGUGAGAAGGAAAAACUGUGACAAGGAGAAGCGAGAGAAGCUAAUAAAUGAACUACAUAAACUGCUUCAGGGGAAAAUUAAAACUAUGGCAUUUGCACAUGACUCAACACGAGUUAUCCAAUGUUUCAUUCAGUAUGGCAAUGACAAGCAAAGGCAAGAGACAUUUGAAGAAUUAAAAGAUAGCCUACUAGAAUUGAGCAAAUCCAAAUAUUCCAGAAAUAUUGUAAAGAAGUUUCUUAUGUAUGGAACAAAACCACAAGUUGCAGAAAUAAUUAAAAGCUUUAAAGGUGAGGUAAAAAAAAUGCUCCGCCAUUCCGAAGCAUCUGCUGUGGUAGAGUAUGCAUACAAUGAUAAAGCCAUUCUGGAGCAAAGGAACAUGCUAACAGAAGAGCUCUAUGGGAAUACAUUCCAAGUUUACAAGUCCCCAGUUCACCCUACACUGGACAAAGUAUUAGAGACUCAUCCUGAAAAGCAAGAGGCCAUUAUGGAUGAAAUGAAACAGAUUCUUACCCCAAUGGCACAAAAAGAGGCUGUGAUAAAGCACUCACUGGUACAUAAAGUAUUUUUGGACUUUUUCAUCCAUGCUCUCCCAAAACAAAGAUCUGAAAUGAUUGAAGCAAUCAGAGAAGCAGUAAUCUACCUGGCACAUACACAUGACGGAGCCCGAGUAGCCAUGCAUGCUUUAUGGCAUGGUACACCCAAGGACAGAAAAAUCAUUAUGAAAACCAUGAAGACAUAUGUUGAAAAAAUAGCUACUGGUGAAUUCUCUCACUUGGUCUUGCUGGCAGCGUUUGAUUGCAUUGAUGAUACCAAGCUCAUGAAACAGUUAAUCAUAUCUGAGAUAAGUGGUUCUUUGCCCAAUAUUAUAAACAACAAAUAUGGACGGAAGGUCCUGUUGUACUUGCUAAGUCCAAGGGAUCCUGCACAUUUCUUACCAGAAAUCGUCAAAAUUCUGCAACAGGGAGAUGGAAAUGCUUACAGUAAAAAAGAUUCAGAUGUCCGCCGUUGUGAACUUUUAGAAGCCAUUUCCCCAGCCUUGCUAGGUUAUCUGCAAGAACAUGCCCAAGAAGUGGUGAUGGACAAAACUACAUGCGUCUUGGUGGCUGAUAUUUUAGGAUCUGCUCUUGGUGAUGUCCAGCCUGCCAUGAAUGCAAUUGCUAGUUUGGCAGCAGAGGAGCUGGUUCCAGGUGGUAAAGAUGGGCAGCUUCACAUCGCAGAGCAUCCAGCAGGCCAUCUGGUUCUGAAAUGGUUAAUAGAGCAAGAUGAAAAAAUGAGAGAUAAUGGAAGAGAAGGAUGUUUUGCAAGAACGUUGGUGGAAUGUGUCAGCCUUAAGAAUAUGAAGUCCUGGGCAGAAGUAAAUCGAGGUGCCAUGAUUCUAUGUUGCCUUCUCCGAAGCACAGAUCAAGAAGUGGCAAAUAAAGUCAAAGGAGGACUAAAAAGCCUCAUUCCGCAAUUGAAAUGCAAUAAAAAUGUAAAAGGAAUAGAGGCUCUGCUAGAGACAUUAACUUCCUAAUUUAAAUGAGUUUCAGAAAGACCAGUUUCCUGUCAUUGUAACCAAAUACAAGUCAGUGGACGUUUUGCACAGUGUUUGAUUAUUUUUGUAAUAUCCUUUGUAAAAGUGUAUUUGUAAAUUAAACUGUUUCUAAAAUGAUU